UCCGGCCCCGCCCCCGGCCCCGACGCGGGCGGAGUACAUGGCGUCCCCGGAGCCCCCGGCGGCGUCGCCCGGGCCCGCGCUGGCAGUCCCCGGCGGGGCGCUGCUGCUGCUCGCGCUGCUCGGGCCCGCGGCGCUGCUGGGCUGGCGCCGGCGCCGACUGCGCUCCUCACGGGGCCUGCCCCCGGGCCCGGCGCCCUGGCCGCUGCUCGGCAACUUCGGCCCCGCGCUGCUGCGGCGCCGCCCGAGGCCCGGGACGCGGGGGGCCGGCGGGGCCCCGCACCUGCUGCUGGCCGAGCUGGCGCGCGCCUACGGGCCCGUGUGCCGCUUCUCGCUCGGGCCGCACCUGGUGGUGGUGCUCAGCGACUUCGCCAGCGUGCGCCAGGCGCUCGGGAGGCAGGCCGGCGCCUUCAGUGACCGGCCGCGGGUGCCGCUCGUGGCGCUGCUGACGCGCCAGAAGGGGAUCGUGUUUGCCCGCUAUGGCCCCGUCUGGAGGCAGCAGAGGAAGUUCUCCCACGCUGCCCUGCGCCACUUCGGGCUGGGCCAGCUGAGCCUGGAGCCCCGCAUCCUGGAGGAGCUGGACCAGGUGCGGGCGGCCGUCCGGGAGCUGGGGCCCCGGCCCUUCAGCCCCUCUGGCCUGCUCAGCCGGGCAGUGUCCAACGUCAUCUGCUCACUGUGCUUCGGCCGGCGCUUCGACGCCACCCACCACGAGUUCGAGGCCAUGCUGGGGCUGAUGGCGCGGGCGCUGGAGCUGUGUCUGGACGCCCGGGUGCAGCUGGUCAACAUCUGCCCCUGGCUGUACCACCUGCCGCUCGGACCCUGCUGGGAGCUGCGGAACAUCCGGGAUGCCAUCACCGCCUUCCUGGGCCGCAUCAUCCAAGACCACCGCCGGGCACUGGACCCACACAGGCCCCGCGACUUCGUGGACAUGUACCUGGUACACAUGGAGGAGGAGUGCCAGGAGCACGGCAGCGGCCCCAGCGAGGAGGACCUGCUAUACACCGUCGGGGACCUGUUCUUUGCCGGCACCGACACCACGGCCAACUCGCUGCUCUGGUGUCUGCUCUACAUGGCGCUUUACCCCCACCAGCAAGCCAGGGUGCAUGAGGAGAUCGACAGGGUGCUGGGCCCAGAGCGGGUGCCCUCGUUGACCGACAAGGCCCAUAUGCCCUUCACGGAGGCCACCAUCAUGGAGGUGCAGCGGCUCACGGCUGUGGUGCCCCUGGCCAUCCCGCACAUGACCUCAGAGGACACAGUGCUGCAGGGGUACACCAUUCCGAAAGGCACCAUCGUCCUGCCCAAUCUGUGGGCAGUGCACAGAGACCCUGACAUCUGGGAGAAGCCCAACGACUUCCAUCCUGAUCGAUUUUUGGACGAGCAAGGACAGCUUGUCAAGAAAGAAGCCUUUAUUCCUUUUGGGAUAGGCAAGCGGGUGUGUAUGGGCGAGCAGCUGGCCAAGAUGGAGCUGUUCCUGCUGUUCGUGGGCCUCCUGCAGAGCUUCCGCUUCUCCCUCCCCUGCGGCUCCCCGCAGCCGGACCUGAUGGGCAAGUAUGGGCUCACCUUGGCCCCGCAGCCCUUUGAGGUGGUUGCCUCAGAGAGGGGAGCCGCUCAGCAGGGUGUGAAGACAGGCCCCCCUGAGAGCACCUUGGGGUGAGGUGCACUGCCUGUGUCACCCAGCCGGCCAGGAUCUGACCAGGACACGUGUGGGGCCGGGCCCCUCAGACAGGGUCCUUCUCUGGCCACCACCCUUGUCCUUUCUGAGGGAGCAGCGCAAAGAGCCACCUGUCCACUUAGGAGUGGGGUCAGAAGGACCUUCUGUGCAGAGGGACAUGGGUCUGCCAGGGCCCGGACCCCACAUUGCUGGAUGUAGCGGGGAGCACCCUCUGGCAUGCAGAGGGGUACACGAAUCCUCCUCCUGGCUGUCCUGGGCUUCUCAGGGUUCUGGCCUGAACCCUCCAGAAUGAGCCAAGAUUUUGAAUUCUCACCCCACGAUUGUUCAGGGUCAGCCUGGCGCUGGGCAACCCCUGCCUGUCCUCCCCUUGGCAGGCCCCUGGGUCCCUUCCUGGAACACACUUCGUGACAGGAGAGUCACCUAAGAGACCCGCUGCCCUCCUUGAAGACAACCCCUCAGAACAGCCCCUUCAGGGGCGACUAGAAAUGGGGGCACAGGGGAUGUGUUCUCUGUGCCAAUGGUGGGUGCUCCCGUGAGGCCCGGACAGCUUGCGCGUCUGAGCAAAACCCUCAGUCAAGAGCUGAGAUCCCACCUCUCUGCCAAGCCUUUCUGGGGCUUUCUGGGGGGGUCUCUCUCCCCUCAGCCCCAGAGCAGUUUCUCCUUCUGCACUUUUCCCAGAAAGGAAACUGCCAGUAGGCCUGUUGGCUCCCUGAAGAUCUUUGUUAAUGAACCAAAGAAAAAGGAACAUGGCAGAUACUCCAUGUAUCCAUGUAGGGGGGUGAAUGAGAGGCUGUGGAUCGCAGAUUCGGUGACAACUGUAUGCUCAUGUGAAGUGAACAAGAAAUGGUUCACGUCCCGGGACUUUCUUUACGUUCAGUGUGGAGCCAGUGCCUCACUGGUUGAUUUCAGCAGCCCCAGGUCUCUUCAUUCAGACAGACAGGCUGGUGGCUGUGGAGGAGGAGCCACCACAGAGCCAGAGCUUCUCUGGGCACUGUAGCACUUCCUGUGUGGUGCUGGGACUUGAAACUGGGCCACAGGUGGCACGGCACGUGCCCAGUCUGGUGAGAUCGCGCCCUCUCUCUCUCUGGCCUUGAAUUUCCCUGGGAUGUCUGUGUUGAGUCCUGCAGUUCUCUUCUGGAUUCAGCCCUACAUUUUCGGCAUUUCCUGAUCAGCUUAUUUGACAAAACCUCUCCUGUGAGAGGAUUUUUGGGAUCCUGUGGUGUCUGUGACUUUGCACUUUCUUGUCUUAACCUGAAGCACCUUCCAAGCGCCUCUUCAGGGCAGGCCUCCCUUCACGGGGCUGGUAGCACUCUUUCUGCACAUGCAGACGCUGAGCCAUUUCACAGCCUACAAUGGGCAAGGAUUGCAAAUUUACUGAGACGCGAUGAUAAUAGCACUUUGUUUUCUGAAUCUGCCUCACAGGUAAUGUUUGGUCCUGGGCCCUGACGUAAGUCCGCGUGUUCUUAUUAAAGGUUUUGUUUUAACA